AUGAAAUUCAGUCGAUUCGGUUGGGUUUCGGCUUUCGUUCUGAUUCGACUGGCCAUCGAAGUGGUCGGGGAUCCGAGUUCCUUCUACAUGGAAUUCAGCUCCAGUCCAAAGAAAGCAGUGGCAGUUAUUAGGCAAAUACAUGUUUUCGGGGAGUCCAAUUACAUGAAGACCAAAAUAAUUAUCCACGAAGAUCGUUCCCACUUCGAUCUCUAUGUCCAGUUCAUCCAUGAGUUGGGAAGUAACCACCUCAUCAUGAACAUUAAGGUGCGCGUAAAACCGGAAGGAAGUAAUGUCUUUGUGCAACUUUUCGAAAUGCGACGGUUAAACUUUUGCGAAUUUCUCAACGAAUACAACUCGAAUCCGAUGAUGCAAAUGAUAUUCAAAAAGAACCUCAAUUGGCAAGACAUUAUUGUGUGUCCAGUGCGAGUGGGAAAUUACUCGCUCCUAAACUCCGGAAUAGCCGAAAAUAUCCAACCAGAUGGGGUGCAGAAUGGCACCUACAGGUUCUUCGCGGAAAUAGUCGAGGAAAUCGGAGAGAUUGCGAAAGUAUUUGCCCUUCAAGUCACUUCGGAGGUUUAUAUCGUAGACAAGGAACUGGACUGUAAAUUUCGAGGCAAAGCUUUACAAUGUUUGAACAAUGAUGCCUAA